AUGCGGCGCUGGAUCCCCCCCUCUUCCGCCAACUCUGGCGGUAGUGAAGCCCCGGGCUCUACCCCCCGGCCCGACUUCACGACCUUGUCCGACUCGUCCAUCCCGAUUCCCUCAUCGUUGUUCACGGCCACUCGAAAGGCCGUUGACUCGUCUGCAGCAACCCACGCCUCGACCUCCAUCCCCCUGGUUGUCGUCCCCAUCGAUGGAAGCGGAUCGACAACGGUGGCUGCGACCAUGUCAACCCCGACAACCGGCUUGAGAGCACCGGGUUCCGACACCGCUUCCACGGCUACAACAUCGACGUCGGCGACAGGAAGUUUGACCACACCUGAUGCUAGUUCUGUCCCAUUACCGACCUCUUCGACUGGUCCCUCGUCGGAAUCGUCUCAGCCCACAACCAGCUCUCCCACAACCGAGCUCUUGUCGACCACGGCUAGCACUACCGCGCCAACGACUGAGGUCAACGGCCCCCGACCUACGUUUGUGACGCCGUCCGUUACUCCUCCCAAGCUUCCGACAAGGGGGCCGUUAUUUUCCAACUCGAGCACCACCACGGCGCUCCCAACGUCGGUUCCGGGCGGCACUGCCCCCGUUGUCGGCACGUCGUCCAGCCCUGACGAAGUUGGACCUAGGCCGACAACCCCCGAACCGGCUCCUGUGCCCUCAUCGACGGGGCUCGCCACAGGAACGACGUCGGUGGCGCCCACGGGUGUAUCGUCGCCAUCGUCAAGCAUCCCCCUCACGGCCACGGACGGCUUCACGCAGAGCGGGCCCGGGAUCCCGUCUUCGGAUGCGCCACGCACGACGCCGGGAUCUCGGGACUCGUCGCUGGUGUCAUCAACCUCGGUUCCUCCCGAGGGUGGCUCGACUGGCGUGCCCACAGUCCUGCUUCCCACGCCGACGCCCAAGACACAUACGCUCCCCGCACCGACGACAUCAUCUGCACAGCCAGCGACGAGGACGACGACGAGUACGCCUACCGGCAGCACCUCCUCGCCGCCCGUGCCACCCGCUCCCUCGCCACCAUCAUCCCCUACUUCCUUGGCGGCACCCACCACGUCGUCCACCACGACCAUCACCGUCAGCCCAACCGGCGCGCCGGACAGGUCACUACCCACCGCGAUCCCCGUCUACCCGACCGCCACGACCAGCGUGCCCCUGGCCGUAUACCAGGACAACCUCGCGCAGGCGCGCCACCUCAACGACAUCUACGCGGGGCUCUCGCCGUCGUCCGCCUGCUCCGCGGGCCAGGUGGCGUGCAUACAGGGCCAAGUCGCGCGCUGCGGCAGCGGCGGCGCGUUCGCCCUCGAGCAGUGCCCCGACGGGCAGCGCUGCUUUGCGUUUCCCAUGACCAACGUGCCAGGCGCGUCGAUAGGGUGUCGGAAUCUGGAUGAGGCGAGGAGGCUGCUCGGCGAGGGGGCUGUUGGUGGUGGUAAGGGGUCGACGACGACCAGCACUACGCCGGAGACGGGGGCGCCGCCGCCGCCGCCACCGACGACGACGACCAAGCCUGUUCGGCCAGUAGUCACCAUGACGACGGUGGUAACUGUCGUGGAUAGCUCGUCGUCGUCGUCGCCGCCGCCUCCUCCUCCGGCGCCGACCCCUGACGCACCCAGCUCGUCCACUCCCGCCCCCGCGCCGACCCCCAAGACCACCUCUUCGGCGUCCACAUCUUCACCACCACCGCCGCCACCGCCGCCGCCGCCUCCUCCUCCUCCUCCUCCCGCCGCCUCCCUGUCCAGCUCCUCGCCGCCACUGGGCCGCAUCACCAUCACUCAGUCCAUCGACGUCUCGCUGCCCACCCCGUCCACUAGCCAGCCGCCGCCCGCCAACUCAUCCAACGAACCACCGCCGCCGAACCCGACGUCGCUCGUCCUCCGACCGCUGGACGGACCGCCGCCGCCGGGCGCGCAGGCCAGUGACAAAGCCAACCCUGCGGGCGGCGGCGGGAGCGGCGGCGGCGACUCGCGCACCACGCAGAUCGUUGACGGGACGCCCACCGUGUCUGUAUUUUUCACUGUCACCGUCACGGAAAAGGAGCGCGAGACGCAGACCGUGACGCUCAUCGUGCCCGCGUCCAGCUAA